AGAAAGAUCUGUGCCAACGAUGAAGCUGCUCACUGCGAUCAUGUCGGUCAUGGCCGCUUCCAUGCUCCAGCUUUCGAGUGCCUUCACAUCUGUCAUCCCAGAGCCGACGAGCAUGAUCCCGUCACGGCAGCCAUCUCUAUCUCUCAGGAACAUGCGUGCAAGACGGUCGGGCGGCGCAUCGUCCCUUUCGAUGCUAGGCAACUUCUUCAACAGUGACCCGAAAAAGGCCGCAGUGUCAAAGGCAAAAUAUGAGACGGUUGUGGUGCCGCCGGACUUCAGGUGAAGUCGAGAGCACUCGGACUGACAGGAGUGCAGGGAUUGCGUGCUGCAUGCGCCUGUGUGUUUCGAUGCUUCCAGGUUGGCGGCUGGCUUUGUCGCGGGCGGCGCUGCACUGUGUCUGGCGGCCAACAACUACGCAGCGGGCGUGCCCAUCGGCCUCAUCGGGGCAUUCCUCGCACUGCAGACCACACGAGUGCGGUUCGAAUUCGAUGCCGACUCACUCGAGGUGACUGACACACAAUUAGUGUCGUCAUGCCCACGGACGGAUGGUCUCCUUGUGGAUUGGGGAUGUGAUGUGUGCAGGUGAAGAUCUUGAAGAAGGACGGCGACGCCGAGACGCUCGCUGAUUCAGGUGACAACUUUGCGGUGGGUGGCGCGAAUCGGUGGAAGUACGACACGUUCACCAACUGGGAGAUGUACCCGAGCCCAUCGCUGCCCAUCCUAGUCUACUUCAAGGAGACCCAAACCAUACCAGAAGGACAGAUACACUUGUAAGUGAGGCCAUGAACGCAGCGCGCCACGCGACAGCACACUUCACCAUCCCUUCCCUCUUCCCUCUGUGCGGUGCUCAGCUUCCCCGUUAUCAUGAAUGGCCGAAAGCUUUACGAGAUCAUGGAGGAGAGAUGUCCUCGUCUGCCCAGAGACUGACACAUACAGACGGACAGGCAGGCAGGCAGGCAGGCAGACACGCAGGCACGCACACACCUAGGCAUUGCGAAGGGUUGACGAGGGAGCGGGAGCGGGCGGUCACUGCACUGAAUGGGGUGGCGAUGUGAUGCAUCGCGCACGGUGAUCUGGGUGCAUGGUGGAUCUGAGAGGCUGUGCCACACCACGAGUGUUUUCUGAGUGUGUGCAUGGAAGUGCAUUUGGGACAUUCACUGACGUUGCCUGGCAAAGAGCCUCUCCAGACAUACAGCCAAAGCACUGUCGCGGC